AUUUUAAAUAAUUAAUUUCAUAAAAAGAAUUCUAAAUAAUCGUAAAAUAUAUUAGUUUAAAGCUAGGAUGAAAACUUUAGUUGAAAAUCAACUGAAUUUUAAAAAUAAAACGGAAGAUUAUACAAAACUCAAGUGUUCAUUACAAGAAUUUUAUGGCUAUAAAACUGGAGAAUUAUUAGGCAAAGGAGCUUUUGCAGAAGUUAGAAAAACUUUUUAUGCAAAAGAAAACUGUGAAAUUGCUGUGAAAAUUGUAAAGAAGACAAAAUUUUCAAAUACAAAUGAUCAAUUUUUAAGAAAUGAAAUAAAAAUUAUUAAAUUUCUAAAUCAUAAGAAUAUCAUCAAAUUCCUGAAAUGUAUAGAAACUAAUAAAACAGUUUACAUCUUUAUGGAAUUUGCCCAAGAUUGUGAUUUAUAUACUUACAUUAAAAAAUAUCAUUACAUUGAUGAAGAAAAUGCUUGUCGUUGGUUUCAUCAUCUAGUUGAAGGAGUUGAAUAUUGCCACAACAAGAAUAUUGCACACAGGGAUUUAAAAUGUCAAAAUUUAUUGAUUUGUAAAAAUAAGGUACUAAAAAUUUCCGAUUUUGGAUUGGCUUGUCAUAUUAUAACAUCAAAUGAAUAUACUAAUAGUUCAGAUAACAAGCAUCUCAGCACGACGUUUUGUGGAACUUUAAAUUAUGCGUGUCCAGAGAUACUUUGCAGAAUACCUUACUAUCCAGAUGAAGCUGAUAUAUGGUGUAUGGGCAUUAUUCUCUAUGUUAUGAUUGUGGGAAAAAUACCUUUUAAGGGAAAAAAUGCGUGUUCUAUGAUUAUCAAAAUGGCACAACCAAUAAUAUUUCCUCAUAGGCCAAAAAGUAUAAUAUCGCAAUCAUGUAUCUCUUUAAUCAAAAAGAUAUUGAAACCGAUGGAGGAUCGCAUUAAUAUUCAAGAUAUUAAGAAUGAUCCAUGGUAUCAAAAUACGUGGGAUUUAAGAUGGGAAUUAGUCAAAAAGAAUGCUUUAAAAACGUCUUGUAACAAAUAAAAUGUCAUGGAGCAACAGUUAACAAUUAAAACAAUCUCAUCUAUUAAAAUAAAAAAUUUAGAUAAUGUUCCAAAAAUAAAUUUACUAGACAAUACAUUUCAAAAAUCGAUCGCUCUUGAUAAAAACUAUUGAUGAUAAAAUUCCAUAUUCCAUAAUAAAGUCCAAAGUCAAAAAUUCCAAAGAAAAUGUACAAAAUAUAUGUGAAAGAAAGACAAUUAUUUCUGAAGAUAAAUCACAUUUUUGAGAGCGAUUAACGAUACAGUACAAAUAAAACAUCGUGUUAAUUUAAUAAUAUCAAUAAAAAUAUUAACAUAAAUUAGAUUUAAUUUUAUUAUUAUUAAAACAUCAAUACGGAAAUUACCUUAAUUAAACCAAUUAAUACAAUAAUUAAAUCACUUGUAAACCGCUAAUCUCAGUUCGGAAGAAUCGAGCUUAAUUGAUAAACCAAAUACAGUAUUUUCUAUUACAAUACGCAAACUCCUAAGAUUUUGUCUUGUAUCAGUUAAUUGGGCAUGGAUAUAUCACCCCGUGGUAAAGUGUGGCGUAAUAGUCAUGUAAUAGUAGUCGUAUGCGUUUAUGGUGGUCUUUACGCGGGGAAUAAUGGCUCCCGGGGUCUUUUAAGGGUAACUGGUCCCUUAUUCAUACGUUAUAGACAUGAAAAAACCCGGAAAACUCCAAAUAUAUUCGUCCGGGAGAGGCGCGAACUCACUAUCGAACUCCCAGUGAUCAGGAAAUGGAACCGCUUGGCUACUGGUGGACCCACUCCUAAGAUUUCUGAGACAAUAUGAAGCGGCUUCUAGUGACAUGAGAUGAUAAAAGUGCUUCGGCCGGUUCAUUUUCUUUGUUUAUCGUUACCUCAAUACAGUUUAUUAACAAAUUUGUUCUAUUAAUUUUUUUCUAAUAUUGUAUUAUAAAUAUUAUAAUGGUUUUCUCUCUUUUUUUUGAUAAUUCGGUAUU